AUGAGAUGCAAUGAACAGCCUAGUAAAGCACGAUUUGUUCGGCUUGGCAGUUGGAUUGCAGACGUUUGUAGUAACCACCUGCACUACACCACCCACUGUGUUCUAUCCAUUCCAGAUGCAAUGAACAGCCUAGUAAAGCACUGCCCCCUCCCCCGAACGGACGCUGAAGCAGCAACUGCGGAAAGCAUCGAAGCUCCGGGAUAUAUGACUCCGAUUUCUGGCGAUGGCGAUCUCAUUCAGGAAGAUGACUGUGGCAAUAGAGAUAUCCACCAAUAUUCGUCACAUGCCCGAAGUUCCGAUGACAGUGUUGGAGAUGGUACUGGUACGGCGAGUCUUCUGGAUGAGGCUCUUUCCGCAGCUAUGGAAGCUAUUGCCGAUGCGAAUCGCUUCAACGCUGCCAGCACUAAUUGUGAUACGGAAACUGUCUCAUGUUCCGACGUAGGCACUAAUCACCCACCACCAAUCAGUUCAAUAACCUCAAGUAUGGAGUCAACAGACGAACUGGAAUCGCACCUGAACCUUCGAUCAGACAGUUUUUUUCCUGGUGCAAGUAACAGUUUCGCUUUUGUCAAGGAUAUGGAUCAUACAGUUGAAAAGGUUCAAGUUGACCACGGUGCUUCUGAAAACUCAAAAUCCAAGACUGAUGGGGUCCCAAGAAGUCUAGGAACACAGGACACGAAAGCAACCAAUACUCUGGCAUUAAUUUCUCUAGGUUCUUCUUUGGGCACCUUGACCUCAUUCUUUGCUAAUUGGCGGCCCAUUCUUCGACCACUGUUUGAACGAACUUUGAUCGAGCGACUAUGGUCAUUCGGAGAGCUGGGAGCCACCGGGCCGCAACCCUUGCUACUGUCUAUGUGGUUCAUCAUAUCCCGCCAUUUCGGCGUUGGCUGCCGCACCGAACAUGCCAAGCUGGUUUACGGUAACGUGGACAUAGGAACAGACCCAGUGACGGGCCAGAAGCAACUGCAGUUUUUUCGCACCGUGCGUCCACUAGUUGAUAACCAGGCUCCAAGCUCCGAAAGUCCAAACUCUUUUCGGUCUUCCGAACCAAACAUUGUGGUUCCCGAACAACCAGACAAACCAGAUCGUUGUCCAGUCUGGUUGUUUCAACGAUUUCGCGCUCACCGACCUUUUACUGUGAACUUUCCUUCUUGCCCUUUGUAUCUACAACCCGAGCGUCAUGCAAGUAUGAACACCCCACUGAUGGGCACGGACAACGAUAUCAUUUGGUACACAACAAACGGGCUGGGAAAAAACAAGAUUGGUGCAAUGUUGAAUUUGGCGCUGCAAAAUGUGGGCGUCCCAAUCGUGCGCCAGAUCAAUCUGUCCCGUUUCUGCGAUGCUCUGGCAGCGGCAGUAUUGACUCCUGCUGGUGGAGAGGUUGGUGCCCGACUUGGUGAGCUUGUCAAGAUGUGUAAACAAUCGAGCGAUCAGGAGCCGCUGCGCCAAGAAAUGGAAUCGUGUGCGGAAAGAAUUGUGAACCAGUCGACCAAUCCAGACUCUCCCAUCCAUCAGCUUUUACUCCGAAUUUGUUCGGCCAAAGAGAAACCGAAAACACAAACACGGACCGCCCGCAAUACUCCCAAACUUCACACCAACCACGAUCGGAAAGACGGCAGUGUCAAUGGAGUAGCAGUCCACAAUUUUUCCAUACACAGUACUCAGGCGAUAGCUGCACACCAUCCACCGUGUGACGGUAACACAAAUCGUCCGACCGAUAUUCUCGUUCGAAGUGCCUCGGAUGUGGUCGGCAGUUCCGCUUCCCAUUUGCCACCCACCAUUGUUUUACUCCCAUCGGUUUCCGGUACCCACUCAUCGCAGUCUCAUACGAUUGCAAACUCUCCGGAAACAUUGGGACUGAUCUCUUCAUCUGUGCCUAUGGAUGAAAACGUCAUCGACAUUUCCCGGCUCACAAACUUCGAUCAAUUGGCAUCCGUGAACCUCUCUUCCACUUCCGCCGCAACUAGGACGUCGGAGGCACAGCCAAUGAGAGAAAACCAGUUUAAUAACACCGUGGCCACUACAUCGUACCCACUACAUCCAGACCCCAGUGACCGGUCUCUGUUUUCCACCAACGAGGAUCUUCAGAUUAAGACACAUAAAUCAGGUAGUGAGACGAAUCGAUCUAUUCGACUUGAAAUGCGUGAUCUUCUGGAUCUGGUUUUGGCUGCCGCCAAGACAUCGUCCAUCGAUUCUCCUGAUAGAGUCCACAAUGAGAUACGACGGCUACAGGUUGUGAACACGGUUCAGCGCCCACCGGUUGGGCUAGUCACACAAUUGUUAUGGCGUGCGCGGGCACUGGAUGACCGUGGUCCAUGGAUUCUCACUUUUUCCAUGUGGUGGCUGAUGCAGCAUUACUUUGGCAUAGGAACCCGUAUGCAUCAUGUCCGUUUGUGUUGGGGCCAUUUGCGUCUUGUCUCCAAUGUACACGACCCGAUGACAGGAGAACUGUGCGAAGCGAUUGAAUACGUUGGUCCUCCGGAGUUCACCACACUUCGAGCCUGUGCCCUGGUCGAGUCUUGUGGGGAUUCAUUGCGUGUCCGUCGCGUUUAUCCGUCAUCGGGUUGGGCAGAGGCAGAGAUCACCAUUGCCGGUGCUUUGUCCGCUGAAUGUGCAUCAGAUCGCCCGCGAAUUCGACCACUGGAAACAACCACAGAUGUGCCUACCAUCCAAGCCCGUGCGGGACCCAAUUUCGUGGAAUUGUACAAGGCUUUUGCUCGGCGUCGUCAACGACCUUCCCUACGUCCGGAGGCGCCCUUUUAUGUUCAACCUCUUCAGACUUAUCCAAUGAUGUUGAACAGCAGGCCCGAUAUUGUUUGGUACAGUGUAGGCGCGCUGGGUAAAAACCGCAUUGGUGCUUUAAUGCGUAACAUUGUCGACAAAGUGGUGCGGCCCAAUCUCCCUCGUGUCGCCCAGGCAGCUACCAGUAGUGCACGGAAAGCUUGCAUUUUGGCCACUCGACGAGCAGCCCAGGCCUUGCCUGCACUGCCGUCGGAUUUAGCCUACGAACUAGACGAACGACGUCAGCUCAUGCUCAAUAAACUAUCAUGCAUUUUGGGGCUCAAUUCGACCACUGUUAUGGAGCAGAUGAGUGCGAAGAGCGUCGAACCACCGUCGUCGCCAUCAGAUGAAUCCCCAAGAUCCUGUUGGAAUACAUAUUCGCUGCUGCCCACCACUUCCACCAGUACUGCUUGCUCNGCGAGGAGGGCCGACCCACCGCCGUCGCCAUCAGAUGAAUCCCCAAGAUCCUGUUGGAAUACAUAUUCGCUGCUGCCCACCACUUCCACCAGUACUGCUUGCUCCAACAGCACUGUCCUACUGCCACCCUCUUCUUUACCAAGUACUACUGUUGCUGCACAAACAAACAACGCCAUCAGCGUCCGUGAAUUCACGUUGGGUCUAGCUCGAGGCAGUUUGCCACAAGCAAUCCCACAAAACACCCGUCUCACGGCCAGCGAUUUGCAGCAUCAGCUAGCUGGCGGGACGGCAACUUCAAAUGUGAUAUGGAAUCCUUCUUCGUGCUUCUCCUCUACCCCCCAAUCUUAUCCCGCAACUGGCUUAGUCCUACUCAGUUCGCCGGACGGAAAGUCUACCCAACUUGCGGCCAUACAACAGCAACAACAACAACAACAGCCCUGUACAAAUCGCGUGUUCUUGCUACCCACCGCCAACGGAAAUGCGGCAGUGUUGUCCGGCCCUGGUCUGGCUGUAUGUGUUGACAGAAGCUUGACAAACCAAACAGUGCAGCGUUACCAGAAAGAACCGGUACUACAUCCAGCUCAGCAACAAACUAUUCUGGCCUCGGUUGAAGGUCAGCUGGUCAAAGCAAACAACCUAGCGGGUAUCACUCCUAGAACUGGUCAGACUGUGGCGUACUUGACCCAGCCUCAGACCAACCUCAACACCUGUACAAUGGGGACUGCACCUGUCAGGUUGGUUUUGUUGUCCACAUCCAACGAGGAUACAAGAUCUGCAUCUACUUUGCAACCUUCGUUCCUCGUUGGUGGGGACAGUCAAGUGCAGCCGGUCCCUUAUUCGCAGCCUAUAAAGCAAGAGAACCCGGUAAUAGCUACUUCUACAGUGGACUGCAAACUGUUUUUUUUUGUUUUGCAGGCGGGUAUCACUCCUAGAACUGGUCAGACUGUGGCGUACUUGACCCAGCCUCAGACCAACCUCAACACCUGUACAAUGGGGACUGCACCUGUCAGGUUGGUUUUGUUGUCCACAUCCAACGAGGAUACAAGAUCUGCAUCUACUUUGCAACCUUCGUUCCUCGUUGGUGGGGACAGUCAAGUGCAGCCGGUCCCUUAUUCGCAGCCUAUAAAGCAAGAGAACCCGGUAAUAGCUACUUCUACAGUGGACUGUCUGCACAUAACAUCCCCCGUGAACAGUCAACCCAACGGGGGAAAAACUGAAGUGGUAACCUUCCCCGACCGUUUGGGAUCGCUUGUUUCAUCCAGUACCCUACGUCCAUUGAACUUGCCCGUGUGCACGCAAACCGUACUACAAGCCAGAAAUGUGACGUUACCGUCGGAAUACGCAGAGCAACGUUUCAAACCGGAGCAGAUAUCACCGACGGGGAAUAUGUACGAUCCUCCCCCUCCCCCAAUAGUCAUCCAGGCCAUCACCCCGGAUGGACGCGUGUUCAACUUAUCCCAUGCUUCUCAAGUGACGUCAUCGGAAGAUAUUAAACCACAAUUUUAUGAUCAAGUCUAUGAGGACCCCGAUCCAGAUGAGGCGACUGCUGGAGAGCUCCUUAGCAAUUACGGCCAACACAGGAUAGCAAAUAUUGGAAUGCCGUGUCUACCCGAGGUUACUUCUUUUUCGGCUACCUCGGACCGGUUCCGUUCACGAGUGUUCCCAAUCUCAUCGACCGCAUCUCGCGUAGCAAACUCGCCUUCCACACAAUCUUCGGUAUCCUCAGUGGUGAUUCAUUCGGAAAGGCAACCUAUCCCAGCAGAGUCAACGUCCACUCUUAUGUCUAGCGAUGAAAUACCCGUUUCCAAAGUUGCCUUAGCCAAAAAAGGUGCUUCAUCUGACAAGCCAGUUGGACGAGCCUCUGGCACGGCUACGCGAACUUGUGCUUAUCUACCGAUCGUGUCCGAACUGACGUACAGCCUUCCCAUCCCCGAACCUUCCCCGGAUAAUCUGCGGACCUUACAGGAAGCAAUCAAUUCGGCCCGCGCGUUUCAGUGCGGUGACUUUCCAUCAUACGUGGAAAAGCUUUUCCGCCGAGGCAUUCUCAGCGCCAAUCAACCUUUCCUAUUGAACUUCUGCGCUUGGUUUAUCAACUCAGUCGCCUUCGAAGUUGAAAACCGUUCAGAGCACGGAAACCUUCGGUGGGGCGAUUUUCAAUUGGGGAAAACGGCCGAUGGCUUGACGGAGUUCCUUUAUUUUGUCAACCCUGUUACUAACAAGUCCUACUAUCUGGCUGCUGGACCGGACAGUUCGUACAAGUUGGGAGUUAGUGAGGAACUGGCGCCUCUCGACAAUGAACCACUCCCUGUUCGCUGCCCAUGUCCCGUGGCGAUCUUCAAGGCGUUACGAGACCAUCGGCCUGUAUCAUGCCGAUAUCUCCACGCAAAGUUCUAUCUUCAGCCGCUCACACGACAGGAGCUCGCUAAUGCGUCCAUCAGACAAGGAAGCUCGUCUGCUGUGAUGGAUUGGUUCACCGAGCGCCCGUGGGGCAAGAACAAACUGGGUAGUUUGUUUGGCGAAGCCGCUCGACUGGCCGGAUUGCCGGUGAUCUACCUGCGAAAGAAUAGAAUACAAUCAAAUCCUCACACCACCAUGCCAGGUGUGAUCGCAUCCACUGCAAGCAACGCAUCCGUCGUGCAGUCUCCGCUAUCAUUCGGUGAUUCCCCAACUGUCUCGACACUGCCCAAUUAUCUUCCCUCAUUGCUUGAAUCUGCCUCCGGGUCUGGCGAGUCUCCACAGACGGAGUUGAAACGGAGACGCAUAUCUCACUCCCCAACUAAUGAACACAGUACCUUGUCUCCGAACACCACGGGAAUUGCGUCACUUCCGAGUUCCUCUACCAUCCUCAGAGCAAACAAAUCAACAGCGGUGUCGUAGUCGCUGUCCCCCACUCCCAUCUUCAUAUCAAUACUCCUCGUUGCCUCUUCAAGAUCAGCACUUAUCCCGUCCGAUGAGACGCCGUAAGAACUGGCAGCCUUUGUUCAAAUCAGACAUUCCAGUCCCCCAUCCCCAAAGAGUGUUCUACUGCAAUUACCAGUUUUUAUAACGUUGUCGUGCAGAAAUUGUAUAGAACCGAACGGUUUUGAACCAAUCCCCCACGUAUAUGCUUCUCAGAGUUUUUUCAUUGUUUCUUUUCUACGCGCAAAGUCUGACUCCAAACUUGUUUUUUUACGCACUUUUGAAACUGAAGUGUUUUCUAGAUUGUUUUUCAACAUUUGAUCCUAUUUAUUCGGUUACUACAAAAAUUGAGAAAUUGAAACUUGGAAAUUUC